AUGUUUCAUGUUGUUCGGUAUCAGCAUCUAAAAUUAACCCAGAACAUUGGUUCUAGUGUACAUCUAAAGUUGAUUUUUCCAAGAACUCUUGCAUUUGCACAGCUGUGGAAGUCAUGGCUCUCAACUCUCUCUCUUGUUGGAGACCAGAAUAUUGUCCUGAUGGGACCUCCUGGAUCUGGGAAAACAACAGUUGGGAGAAUAGUAGGUCACAAACUCGGCUGUCGUGUCAUAGAUGUGGAUGAUGAUGUCCUUGAAACAACCUGGAAUAUGAGCGUGUCAGAAAAAUUGCAGGAUGUUGGUAGUCAGCAAUUUAUAGAAGAGAAAGGAAAAGCCCUGUUAAAGUUUUCAGCAUCUGGAAGUGUAAUUUCCCUUUCUGGGUCCAAUCCAAUGCAUGCUGCCAGCAUGCAGCAUGUGAAGAAAAAUGGGAUUGUUGUGUAUCUGGAUGUACCCACAAGAGACAUAAUAGAUAGGCUGGAAUUAAUGAAAGUGGAUCGUAUUGUGGGGCAGGAUUCUGGGGUUUCUGUGAGAGACAUACUUCAGUUUAGGAAGCAAUUUUAUAAAAAAUGGUAUGAUAUCCGUGUUCUUUGUGAAGGUGGACUUACAGCAGAGGCUGUAGCAGAUAAAGUACUUGAUGCAGUUAAGAGAUAUCAAGACUCAGAAUCAGAAACUUUUAUUUCAACCAGACAUAUAAGGUCUGAAAUGUGUGAGCAAAAAGGCUCUGUUAAAUAUUUUACUGAAGCUGUUGUUGAGGGCCUAGCAUCUGAUGGUGGACUCUUUGUUCCUGAGAAGGGGCUUCCAACAUUCUCUGCUGGAGAAUGGCAAAGCUUAGUAGAAGCAACUUACAUUGAAAGAGCUCAGAUUAUACUGGAAAGAUUUAUACAUCCUGCUGAUGUACCUGCUUUCAAGCUGGGAGAAAUUGUUGAGAUUGCUUAUGGAGAAAACUUUACUUGUUCUAAAAUUGCCCCUCUUAGGUAUCUGACAGGCAACCAGUUUCUCCUUGAGUUGUUUCAUGGACCAACAGCCUCAUUUAAGGAUUUGGCAUUACAGUUGAUGCCUCAUCUAUUUGCAUACUGUAUUCCCAAAAGAUGCAAUUAUUUGGUCCUAGUAGCUACUUCUGGAGACACAGGGAGUGCUGUUCUAGAUGGUUUUAGUCGUCUUAGUGAUACUGACAAGCAAAGAAUUGCUGUGGUCACUUUCUUUCCUGAGGAUGGAGUAAGCCAGAUUCAAAAAUCACAAAUGAUUGGCUGCCAAAGAGAAAAUGGGUGGUCAGUGGGUGUCAAAUCUGAUUUUGAUUUUUGCCAGACAGCUAUAAAAAAAAUAUUUACCAAUUCUGAUUAUUCUGGCUUUCUUACUGUAGAAUAUGGAACAGCUUUAAGUGCAGCAAAUUCUAUAAACUGGGCUCGACUACUUCCCCAAGUUAUUUAUCAUGCCUCUGCCUACCUUGACCUUGUUCAUCAAGAUAUUAUUACUUUUGGAAGCCCAAUAGAUGUGUGUAUUCCUACAGGAAACUUUGGCAACAUAUUAGCUGCAUUAUAUGCAAAAAGGAUGGGAAUCCCUAUCAGAAAAUGUAUUUGUGCAUCCAAUGAAAAUAAUGUUUUGACCGAUUUCAUAAGAACAGGUCUUUAUGAUUUAAGGGGAAGAAGAUUAUUGCAGACUUCAUCACCAGCAAUAGAUAUUUUGAAGUCUUCCAACCUUGAACGACAUUUGCAUCUGAUUGCUAGUGGUGAUGGACAGCUGGUGACACAAUUAUUUAGUGAGCUGGAAAAGCAGUGUCACUUUCAGUUGCAGAAAGAUCUACUUGAGAAGCUUCAGCAAGACUUGGUGGCUGGGUGGUGCUCUGAGGAGGACUGCCUAGCUGCUAUCCACUCUGUAUACAGUACUACAGGGUAUAUUUUGGACACACAUACCGCUGUUGCUAAAGUAGUUGCAGAUCGAUUACAGGAUAGAACAUGCCCAGUUAUCAUUUCAUCUACAGCUCAUUAUUCCAAGUUUGCACCUGCUAUCUUGCGGGCUUUGAGGAUUGCAGAAAUAAAACAGAAUCCAUUAAGUCAGCUUCACUUACUGAGUUCUUACAGUCCUUUGCCUCCAGUCCAUAGGGGCCUAUUAGAGACAUUGAAAGAGAAUGAGAAGCAGAAACAUCAGAUCUGUGCUGCUGAUGUGAAUGUCAUGAUGGCACAUAUAGAAACUGUAAUACAAAAUCAGUUUAUGAAAGUUUUCUAA